AUGCCAGUCGCGGUCUCUCCUUAUCAUGACAGGACCCCAAACUAUGAUCUCGGACAUUUUGCUACAUAUUUGGAGCAUCUUUGUCAACUCAACGUCGCCGAUGAGCCUGCCAAGCACAGGAAAACAGCCAUCAUAUGUACUGUAGGGCCAGCCUGCAGUAAGCUGGAUCUUCUUAAAGACAUGAUUACACAAGGCAUGAACAUAGCAAGAUUAAAUUUCAGUCAUGGAUCUCAUGAGGAGCAUGCAAAAACCAUUGCAUUACUCCGUGAAGCUGCCAAAGGCCAUGUUGCCCCAUUAGCUAUCGCUCUUGAUACAAAAGGACCAGAAAUCCGAACUGGUAUGUUACAUGGGGGUAAGGAAGUGACGCUCAAGCAAGGCGAUACCAUUUACCUAUCGACCGAUCCAAAACUGCAGGACAGCAGUACCGCUACAUCUCUCUAUGUUGACUAUAAAAACCUUCCCAAAGUUGUUCAUGAGCAGCGCCAUUUGUCAUCAAAUACCUUAUGGAAGGUCAGUAUUUGUGGUCAAUGUAAGAAGCUAUUACUUCAGGGUGGUCGGAUUUUCAUCGAUGAUGGCCUGAUAUCACUUACUGUUAAAGAAAUUGGAUCGGAUUCUGUGAUGUGCGAAAUCGAGAAUGGUGGAGUGCUGGGGAAUCGGAAGGUAAGCCUAUAA